CACUUCACGUCAAAUGUCAAUGUGGUCUCAAAACAAAUAACUAAAAACGUGUGCGAGUCUGCUUGCGUUGUUUAUUGUAUACCAAUCUUUUGAGUAGUUUUCCAAGUGGAAUCAUAUAGGACUAUAAUCAUAGUCGAAAUAAUAUCAUAUUCCAUUUAUUGAGAUAUAUCAAACGAGAAGCCGGCUACCGUCGCUACUCGCAAUGAUGGAGGUGGUAUCCGACUCGGAAAACGUGGCGAUCGACGAGAAUGAUAAGCCCAUGUCGGUGCAGGCCGCCGGCGAGGCGGCGACAUCGCAUCCCGAUAAAUUGCGGCGCAAAGGCAAAAAGUUCUCUCGCUCCAACAGCAAAGAGGGGCCGAGCCCGGUCUCGACCCCGCUGCCGAAAUAUCGCAGCUGGAAAAACAGCCGAAGACCACGCAACGGACACGGCCGGGGCCUACCGAAGAAAGGUGGCGGCGGCGGCAAGGGAGUGUGGGGUCUGCCGGGGUCGGAGCUGCUGGAGGAGUACGUGGAGGACCAGAACGACCCCAACUACGACCCGGAGGCCAUCACCAACGGCGACGUCGAGUUCAAGCAGGUCAUCGUCGAGGCCUCGCCCGAGGAGAUCGUGCGCAAGUCGGAGCCUGUGAUACUGGAGUACUUCGAGCAUGGCGACACCAACGCCGCCGCCGAGGACUUCCUCGAGUUCGUCACCGCCAUGCGGAGCCACCUGAUCGUGGAGACGAUAAUCGAGAUCGCGCUGGACCACAAGCCGUCCCACUGCGAGAUGGCCUCUGUGCUCAUCUCCGACCUCUACGGCAGGGUCUUCUCCGCCAAGGACAUAGCCUAUGCGUUCGAGCGGCUGCUGGAGAGCCUGCCGGACCGCAUGCUGGACACGCCGGACGCGCCGGCGCUGCUGUCCAACUUCAUUGCGCGGUGCGUCGCCGACGACUGCCUGCCGCCGCGCUUCGUGCAGCAGCAGGCGCUGGCCGAACUCAGCGCGCCCGCCAGACAAGCGUUGCAGAGGGCGGAGACCUUGCUGUCCAUGAAACAGGGGUUAGUGCGGUUAGACAACAUUUGGGGCGUUGGAGGUGGUAUCAGGCCGGUGAAAUCGCUGAUCCACCAGAUCCAGCUGCUGCUGAAGGAGUACCUGACGUCGGGCGACGUGGGCGAGGCGCUGCGCUGCGUGCGCGACCUCGAGGUGCCGCACUUCCACCACGAGCUCGUCUACGAGACGGUGUUGCUGGCGGUGGAGUCUAUCAAUACCAACGUGGAGGAGCAGCUGUGCAACUUCCUCGCCGAGCUGCGCCGCUCCGUCAUCGUCACGCCGGACCAGAUGGAUCACGGUUUCCUCCGCGUGGUGGAGGAUAUGAGCGACAUCGUGCUGGACGUGCCGCUGGCGUACAUCGUGCUCGACCGCUUCGUGGAGCGCUGCCAACAGCGGUUCCGUCUGGGCGACGUGGUGCUCAAGCGCAUGCCUACCAGGGGACGCAAGCGGUUCGUGUCGGAGGGCGACGGCGGCAUCAUCAAGGAUCACGCGCUCAAACUGCGCGAGUAACUUACACACGCACGGCGCCGCACACACAGACAGAUACACACAAGUAAUGCUUGCACUUAUACAACUGGUAUUUCAUAGAUCUCAGGCGUAGAGUCCCAAAGAACUUUAACCUGUAUAAUAAUUUUACCUUAUAUGUACAAUAUACCAGACGUUUAACUAUUUUACCCACCGCCAACCGCCUGUACAAUUUGUAUAAAUAAUUACAUGUAAAUUUUAUUUAAAACUCAAGCGUCGUAUACGCAAACUAGCGUCCGCGUACGCUAACGAUGCGGGCCGUACGCACCCGUGCGUACACAAAUUUGAAAUUGUAUCGUCAGUCUGCUGUGUAAUGGCGCUAUGUAAGCGACAUUUCCAUUUAAUGCAUCUCUUUCCCUCUCGACUGUGUCUUUGUCGCCGCCCCCAUAGAGACAAGAAUACGAAAAAUAAUAUAUUAUGUAGAAAGGAUGAGGUUUAAGGUGAGAUCGCGCUUUACACACGUCAGUUCUAUGGAAGCAAAGUGUCGCGUCGCGUUUGUGUCGUAUGAGUGCGGUUUCGCCUUGAAUUUUGCUUUAAAAUUACAAUGGCGUCUGAAUUGUGAUAUAAAACAUGAGAUAUUAAUUAUUAAUGAAGGGAUGAAUUUAACUAGGAAAUGUCGCAGUGUAGAAGUGGCGUAGGUUUAGUCGUUUAAAAAUCUAUAUAUAGUUUAUAAGGAGUUGGGUGCACAACAAAUUUAAUAUUUGACGUGGAUGCUGCAUAUGAUAUGAAACAGUUUCAACUGUUUCAUAUCUGAUCGGUUGUAAAAUAUUGCAUUUGAUGUGCAUUUUUUUUAAAUAAGAAUGAACGUGAUUUUUUUUAAUAUCCAGAUAUUAGAUUUACUUUACCUGUACUCUGAGCUAGCGAGUGCCAGUUAUAAAGCUUGUACCUAAGUAACGCAUAUUCGAACUUUAUAAAAGAAUUUUAAUCGGUGUAUA